ACUAUUUAAAGGAGCCAUUGGAGAAAUACUUCAAUUCCUUCCCCAAAGUACAAAUCAUUCGUGCGACCAAGCGGCAGGGACUUACACGAGCUCGCUUAUUGGGAUAUUAUUUAUCUACUUCACCGAUUGUGGUCUUCUUAGACUCUCACAUAGAAUGUUUCCCUGGUUGGGCGGAGCCUCUGAUUGCUCGAAUUAGCGAAGAUCCAACCAGGGUUGUCUUCCCUAGCAUUGAGGUCAUAGCCGAUGAUGAACUUCACACCAGCUGCAACUCAAACGUCAACCAGAACGGAAUUUUCGUAUUUAAAGACUUGACUUUCCAGUGGCAAGUGAUUUCAACUGCUGAAAUGAACAGAAGGAAAGAUGACGCAGAUCCUAUAAGAUCGCCAACAAUGCCAGGAGGACUUUUUGCCAUCAGCCGAGAAUUCUUUGACAAACUGGGAACUUACGACCCUGGACUGGAUUACUGGGGUGGCGAGAAUAUUGAACUCUCCUUUAAGGCUUGGAUGUGUGGAGGGAGUGUGGAGAUGGUUACCUGUUCUCACAUCGGUCAUAUCUUUCGGCGCACCAAUCCCAUUCAUUGGCCGCACGACAUUGGCAGCAAAAACUCGAUACGAGUAGCCGAAGUUUGGAUGGAUGAUUACAAAAACUACUUUUAUGAAAGAAUACUAUACAGACUGGGUAACUAUGGGGACGUGACUGAGAGGAAACAGCUUCGAGAACGUCUCAAGUGUAAGAGUUUUGAGUGGUAUUUACGUAACGUUUACCCGGAUGUUGCAUUGCCCUCCAACAUCAAGUACGCUGGGGAGAUCCGAAGUGUUGCCUCCCCGCGAUGUGUAGACAGUAUGGGCGGACCCGAACAAAAGCAGCAUGCACCAAAGAUGUAUCAGUGUCACGGGCUGGGAUAUAAUCAGUUCUGGUAUUUUAGUGAAAAUGGUCAAAUUCAUCAGGAUGACUGGCACAUCUGCGUCUCAAAUGGGCAGAUUGUCACCAGAAACGCCUGUACACCAGAUGGUGCCACAUGGAAGUACAGAGAGGAUAAGACGAUACUUCACAUUCCAACCAACCAAUGCCUCACUGCAAGUGUGACACGUGACGACCUUUCACUAGCUAACUGUUCAGGCAGUAACUACCAGAAAUGGGAGCUUCAGCCACGAAGAAAAGAUAUAAAGUUUCCAGCAUAG